AUGGCUGUUUCUUUGAAAAUCAUCGAAAUCGAAAAUUUCAAAUCGUACAGAGGAAGAAUUACGAUCGGACCCAUCAGAACGUUCACGGCAAUCAUCGGUCCAAAUGGAUCCGGAAAAUCAAAUAUCUUGGAUGCCGUUCGAUUUGCUCUCGGAGAGAAGUCGAGUAAUUUGCGCAUUAAGCGUCACAGUGAUCUCGUUUACGGAGCAUCUUUCGGAAAACCAACAACGGACAGUACUUGUGUGACAUUAAUCUUCUCAUUGGAUAAAAAUACGGAAAAAAGCUUCGCGAGAAUGAUAGUUAACAAAGGCAUUCAACACAGAAUAAAUAACAAGAUUGUUGAUGUUGAAUUUUAUAAGAAUGAAUUGAACAAGCUUGGAUUGAACAUAGAAUUAGGGAAUUUUUUAAUACCUCAAGAGCACGUUGAAAAUGUAGCGAUACAAACACCGAAAGAACGAACUGUGCUGUUUGAAAAACUUAGCGGUUCAAUUGCAUUCAAAGCAGAUUACGACAAAUCGAAAUCCGAACUUCUCAAUGUGACAAACGGGAUACAAGCUACACGUGAAAAGAAAAGGCAGCUACUGAAACAAAUAAAAUAUACUAAGGAAGAGAAAGAAGAAGCGGAAGAAUAUUUACGUUUACAAGAAGAAUAUAUGAAAGAAAAAUCGGAACUUCAAACAAUUCGAUUAUUACUCAUUAAGAAGGCAGAAGAAACUUCGCAAGAUGAACAAAGAGAAAUUAAAUCACAGAUAGAAAAGUGUUUACGUGACAAAGAAAACGCACUGCGUUUAUCGCGACAAAAGGAGUUGCAGUUGAAGUCAUUGUUCAAUUCUCUCGAAUCUGCUGAACAAAAUAUUCUGAAAUUAGAGAAUGUUAUUCAAAAGAAAAAUAUGGAAUGUAAAGUUUUUAAAGAAAAAAUCUCGUAUUGGGAGAAGAAGCGUGAUUGCGCUCACGAAUCUCUGAAUAACGCGAGUAAAGCGCACGAAUCUCAUAAGAAAAUCCUACGGGAAUUAAAAGAGGAAUUACAAGUCAUAAAUAACAAAUUGGCAGCUUUGGAAGAAGCGUCGCAGGAGAGUUCUGUAAGCCUCAGCAAUUCUCAAAUAAAUCGUUACAUGGAUCUGAGAAGUAGAACGGACGGUUUAGCGAGUGAUUUCACGGCGACAAUAAGCAAUUUGAAACGUGAUCAGCAAACGUGUCAAGACAAACUUGACAAUAACAAUAGGCGCAAGCAGGAAUUAGAGGAUAAAUUAAAGCGGAUAACAUUUAAAAAAGAAGAUAUCGAAAAGUGUUUUCAAAAACUGCAUUGCUUGAAUAAAGAAUAUGCAUCAAAAUUAAUAGAAAGUACGGAAAAAAAACAGAAGUUGAGCGACGAGAUUACUGACGAAGAGAGCAGAUUGUUAGUUUUGGAGACUGAAUGCGCAAAGCUCGAGAAGGAGAUUUGUGAAAGAAAAAUAGACAAUCAUAUUCUUUCACAAAGGAAUAAAAAUGCCGAAAUACUUCACAUGUUAAAGGAGCACUUCUCUCCCGGCGUGUAUGGACGAUUAUGUAAGUUAUGCAAACCUAUUCAUGAGCGUUAUGAUAUCGCCGUAACUAAAGUUUUUGGCAAGUAUAUGGACGCCAUCGUCGUUGAUACUGUGUCUACGGCACAGAAAUGCAUUCAUUUUUUAAAACGCAAUAAAAUGGGAGUUGAAAUAUUUUUACCGCUUGACGAUUCGUUAAAAAUAGAACCUUUAAAGGAAACGUUGCGUGCCAUAAGAGAACCGCCCAAUGUCAAGUUACUGUACGAUGUGUUGAAUAUUUCAUCUUCGGAAAUAAACAGAGCAGUUUUGUUUGUUACGAGAAAUACGUUGGUUUGCGAGACUGCAGAUGAUGCAAGACAAAUGGCAUACGAAAGUCAUAAGCAAAACUUUGAUUGUGUCUCAUUAGAUGGAUGUUAUUAUCGUAAGACUGGGUUGUUCAGUGGCGGACAAGUCAAUUUAGUUGCAAAAGCAAAAAAAUGGACCGAGCAAGAUAUAACUGUAUUAAAGGAACGAAAGGAAGAACUAAUGCGAGAACACAGAAAACUGUCUAAACUUCCUCUUAAAAAAUCUGAAAUAAAUGAGAUUGAUGCACAGAUUAAAGGAUUUACUUUCAGAAAAAAGUAUAAUGAGAUAGAAUUGAAAAAUCUUAAAGAAGAAAUUUCUGCGACGGGUAAAGAAUUAAGCACAAUAAAUAAGGAACUAUCUUUGUUAAAUGCGACAAACUCGGAAAUCGAACGUUCUAUUCAAGAAAAAGAUGAACAAAUUGGCGAGUUGCAGAAACGUGUUCGUUUAAUUGAAAACGAAGUCUUUGCUGAUUUUUGUAGAGAUAUUGACGUGCCCGAUAUCGACUAUUACGAGAAAAAUAAUUUGCGAUAUUAUAAAGAGCAAAACAACGCACAAAUGGAACUAGAAAAGCAGAAAGAUUGUAUCGAGAAUCAAUUGCGUUUUGAAAAUGAACGUGAUACAAAAAGUAAAAUUUUGCGAUGGAAACACGCUGCAGAAAAAGCUAAUGCAGAGUUAGACAAGUUACAUUCUGAAGAAAAUACCGCAAGAAUCGCUAUCGAGGAGCAAGAAACAAAUUUGUUGGAAUUGAAAAACAAUUACACAGCCAUACAGAAGAAUAUAAGAGACGUGGAAAAAGAACUGGCUCAAUACAAGUCGCAAAUUGAAAUUAUUACAAAGUCAGAUUUGUCAAGUCUUCAGAAGAUAUAUAUAGAUAUACAAAGAAAACGAAAUCAGAGAAAGAUAGAAUGCAAUUCUAUACUUACAGAGUGUAAGAUAGAAGAUAUUAUUAUUCGACAAUUGCCGGAAUUAUUUCAAGAAUCUUUCAGCACCUCAUCAUCACUUAAUUGGGAUACGUUAAUGCAAAUUGAUUUUUCACAAUUGCCUGAAGAGAUGCUCAAUAGUUCGGAGCAAGAUUUGCGAAACACCGUUAACAAACUCAAUGAAAAACUUGCAGAGAUUCAGGAACAAUUUGAAACCAUAGAAAAUCCGAAUCUUAAGGCUCACGACAAAAUGGAUUCGUUGGUGCAAAAAUUGAAAGAGCUAACCGCGGAACUACCCAGGAUGCGCAAAAAAUAUGUUAAAAUAAAUUCAGAAUUCGAAAUUGUAAAGAAAAAAAGAUGUAUGCAAUUUUUGAAUUGUCUCGAGAAAGUUUGUGCGGAAAUAGAUUCCAUAUAUAAAAUUUUAGUCAAUAAUCGAUCAGCGCAAGCGUUUGUCUUGCCGGACAAUCCUGAAGAACCGUAUCUGGAUGGUAUAAUGUGCAGUUACAAAGCGCCAUUCAAACACUUUCAGCCAUUGCAGAAUUUCUCUGGCGGAGAAAAAGUGCUCGCCAGCUUGGCACUGCUCUUCGCUUUUCAGCGUUACAAGCCAACAUCUUUCGUUUUUAUGGACGAAAGCGACGCAGCAUUAGACAAAACAAAUGUUAAGAGCAUUGUUUCUUUUAUUCGAUCUCACGAAAAUGAUAUGAAAUUUAUCGUAAUAACUUUAAAAAAUCGAUUAUACAGAUCAGUCGACGCACUUGUAGGAAUUACUACUGGACACACGACAGAGCCGGAAAGCAAAGUAUUUGCCAUUUUAUUGAAUGAUUAUAAAAAGUGAAAAGUGAUCCAAACUUAUAAAAAGUAUUACUAUAUAAAUAA